AUGCUUACUGAUCCUCACCCUGACGCACCACCCAUGAGGGAAUCCACGGACCCCCGAUUGAACACCCCAAACGAAGCUGACUCCGUGCCUGCUGGAAUUCUACCCAGGCAAUCCAAUGGUGGCACCAACCCAGCACCUGCCUCGACAUUCCCUGUGGAAUUACCCCAGAAGGCGCCUUCACCUAAGGCUACCAAAGAUAUGGACUAUCGGGUACAGGGAAUAAAGCUUGAAAACGCUGUCCCCGAUCUACUUUCUUAUCUCAGCCGGAAACUUGGUAUCGAGCCAACUGUCGUUGGACGUAUCAAAGCUUUGUCCACAAGUCAGACCGGAGACAAGGUAGCAAUUAUAGCAUGGAGGCCCCAGCCAGCGUGUUUGUCGGCACCUGGCAUGGAUGAAUGGCACUUUGGGCCUACUUCUGAUGAUGACGAUAUACAUAUCACCGUCGAUACACAUUUCCGUGGAGUGACAGUUCUCUACUCGCCUCCUCCCGAUAUUCCGCACAUGAUCGAUAUAUGCGCCGUUGCCGGUCUUGGUGGCCAUGCUUGGGGGUCGUUCAAGUACAAGGGUGCAUCUCAGUCUUUCAUGUGGGUCUUAGACGGACUCCGAGAGCACUUUCCAAAUGCUCGGUUGAUGACCUACGGCUCCAAGACAAAGCUCGACGGAAACGAGUCAUCACAAACAUUGGAAGAUCUCGGUAAGCUUUUACGCGAUGAGAUGCGGAGCGUAACGAGGCGUCGAUCCCAGUCAGUCUUAAGCUCUCCUACCUCUCGCCUUGGAACUGCCUUUGCCGUUCCUUCGUUCUUCAUCGCCCAUAGUCUGGGGGGACUUACUGUGAAAGAGGCACUAUUACAGGAGAGGAAGAAUCCCGAAUUCGGUAGUUUCAUCAACAAACUCCAGGGUGCUUUAUUCUUUGGUGUACCUAGCCACGGCAUGAAUGUCGAAGUUCUUGAAGCUAUGAUCCGAGGACAACCCAACGAGUUUCUCGUCAAGUCCAUCACUUAUCAAUCUCCAACUCUACGAGAGCUCAGUCGAAAGUUCAAAUCCAAAUUCGCUGUGGGAAAGCCGAAGAUUAUAUACUUUUAUGAGAUGGAGCCGUCGUUCACUCCAAAACAGCUUGAAAACGGGCAAUGGAAGAUGGAAGGCACCCCGAAGGAGGUUCUCGUCGAUCUCGAUUCCGCUACCGAUGGCGAGUUGUGGAGCCAGGGCUACGUCAAUACACAUCCCUUAAAUCGUAACCAUUCCGAUCUUGUGAAAUUCAGCAGUCCAAAUGAUGCAGAUUUCCAACGUGUUCUCGACGAAUUAAUCAAGUUGGUGGAUCAUGCCGAGACCAGAGUGGAGGAGGAGGACUGA